AUGUUGGCGGUGAUUACCAAGGAUGGAGUUGACUGGAAGAGGUUCAAGAAACUAUCCAUGGAUGAAGAGGAAUCGAGCGGUGGGGCAUUGUUGCCCAGCCUACUGGACGACAUUGAAGAAAGCAAUGUAAGACUUGGGAAUCCUGAGGCCUCCCAGCAACCGCAACCUACGCUACAGGAAGAGACUCAACCUGAGGCAAAUACAGGGAGAGGAGAGGAUGAUGUUGCAUCUGGGAUAAAUGUGUUGGGAAGUCAAGGGGUUGCAUCUUCACCAGUAAUAGAACUAAGGAGAACUCAAGGAAUCCCAUACAUAGAUCAAGAUGGACCAAUUGACAGAAUGGAUCCAGGGCUUAAUCGUACUCAGGGGAGUGAAGCGCAGGCAAAUUAUGUGUGCAGAACACCUCCACUUAAACGUUCAAGAAGUGCUGUGGUGUCUCCAGAGUCACCAGAACAAGAGGAUGUCACAGCCUGUCCAAUCUGUUAUGAAGGUUAUACCAAUUCUGGAGCACAUCGAUUGGUGUCCUUGAAAUGUGGACAUGUAUUUGGUCAGCGCUGUGUAGAACGUUGGCUUAGAGGAACAGGACAGCGUUGCCCUUCAUGCAAUUCUCAUGCCAAGCUGAAAGAUUUGAGAGUGAUAUAUGUGACUUCAUUGAAAGCCAUUGACACAGCAGAGCGGGACAGAGCUCUAGAACAACUGGAAAAGGUGCAAGAAGAGAAACGCAAACUGGAACUAGAGCACACUCAUACAAGAUUGCUGUGCAACACACUCCAGAAAGAAAAUGCUCAUUUGCGUCAGAAGUUGAGGGAGCAGAAUGAGAAACUCUCUCGACUCCGCCAAAUGGAGAGGAUUCAUUCCAAAGAGGGCCUCUUUGGUGUGGGUGCUGGAGUGAGACCUCCCCUCACGAAUUCUUCAUUGGAUCUCAACGUGGAGUGGUGGAACAAUUUGAUGUUCGCCAGCCCCAUGUACCAAUUUCACAGCUGA